UCCGUCAGCCAGCCCAUGCCAUGUGGGUGGGGUGGGGUGAGGUGAGUCAGGGAGGGAGGGAGUGGUGCACUGCACAGGACGCAACAAAUACAGUAGGUAGAGUGGGUGAGUGAGUGUGAGUGUGAGUAUACACAGAGAGACCCGCACACAUACGGUAUGAACAUCGACCCAACCAACACAUACACGUACUCACUUAGUGAAUCCCAUCCCCUCUCAUCUCAUCUCAUGGCAUAGCUAGCUAGCAUAUCGGUCAGGUCAGUCAAUUCCUCCUUACCUACCUACCCAUCGCAUUUCGGCCAACCUGACUGAUUUAUCGGUGGAUCGAUUCGUUGACCAACACUGACCGCUCAUUGAUCGAUCCACCCCUCCCUCCUUCCAACCAUACGAACACGCACCACUAAUCACAGCAAGCAAGAGAGAGAGAGUAUGCGUAAGGAAGCGACAUGACUCACAUACCAACCAACCACAUCUAUAUAUCUCACAUCACAUACCUACCUGCUCUGUCUGUUCACUAGCCAGCCACCCCAAGUGCAGUACAUACCGCAUACACACACACACACACGCUACGCUACCUGUGUCUCCUUCCUUCCCACCCCCCGCCCCCGCCCCUAUGUGUCUAUGUAAGCCCUCUCGCAGACGGGCAGACCUUCUCGAAUUUCUCGCCUGCAGCCAGCCCCUCUCCCACACAGUACCCCACCUGUGCGCCAUCAUAUAGACAGCACUUAGACGACUCGGGGCAGUCACCGUCCCCGGCACACCCCCGCAGCCCCCGCACACUCGACGCCCUCACCAUCCCCGACAUGACGGCCCCGUGUUCGAUGGCCGGCACCGGCACUUCAAUGACGGGAUCGUUCUUGAGAUAGCAGGACGACUUGUCCCUGUGGAAGGUGUAGGCCGCGCAGGGCCGCACCUGUUGCCCCUCGUGCAUGAAGACGUUCUCCCUGAGACACCGAUGCGCGCACUCCCCCUCGCUGAUGCCCAUGAUCCGCAGGAAGUCGGUGCCCGUCUCGCCGUGAACGACCAGCUGCGCUUCUCUUUUGAAGUCGAAGUUGAUAUUGGUGUUAGGCAACGGGUGGAUGCAGCCCUGACCGGGGGUGGGGUUCACGCGGAUGCCUGACGAGAAGACGGGGCUGUAUUGGGCUGCCUUGUUGGGGAUGAAGUCGUCUUUGACGUAGCAGCACGAGGUGACGUUGCCAAGGUUUUGGCGGCAGUUGGGGCGGAACGAGUAGCCGCCUGAGUCGAAGGCCGAGAUGGUGCGCCGCAUGCACUCUGUCUCGGUGAGGCCCUCCAGUGUGGUCGCCGAAUUGACGUCGGGGAAGUCGACAUCAGGCACGGGGACGAUACAGGUGCCUGCAGAUCGACACCUUAUGCACACUGACUGUAUUGUGUUCGUCGGUGGGCAGCGCAGCUUUCUCACCUGCUGUGACGGUCGCUGGGAGAUCCCAUGAUCCGUCUUGCGUCGCGUUGUUGGCUCCUCCCCCGCUGCCGUUGGCGUCGGCUAACAGGCUGGACGUGUGCCACAGAUGAGUAGUCUCGUCAUCAGCCAGCCCCUGCGCACCCCGCACGCUGCUCAGGGCCUCCUCCUUUACUCCAUUCUCGCCCGUCUCGCCUUUCUCCCCCGUCUCGCCCUCUUCUCCCGUCUCGCCGUUGUCGCUCUCUUCAUCUUCAAAUUGAUAGCUGGACAGAAAGCCAGGCGGGCAAUCAUACGUCGCCUCAGGGAUGCACAUGCCCAUCCGAGUCUUGGGUUUCUGGCAGCACUUCUGUUUGUUGGCCUGGCAGACGUUGUAGGUGUCGAUGUUCCGGCAGGUGGCCUGCCCAGUGGGGUGGCGGAGGACGGUGUCCCCGCCUGCGGGGAAGAGGAAGAUGGGGCUGGUCUUGAGGUAGCAGAUGCGGUCGCUGGGGCUGUACGUGGCCGCCGCGCAUAUCGACGAGGCCGCGGGGGGUGCGGUCGACGUGCUGCACCUCAGAGCGCACUGCAGCAAAGGAGAGAGAGGGACAGACCAUAUUGCCGUCAUUCAUGGAUGGAUGUGAGUGAUGGUCGUAACCUCCGCAGCGGAGGCCACUUGGGGGACAGCGGCAUAGUCAGUGCCGCCUUCGCCAACUAUGGGAUGGCUGUCGCUCUCGGGGUCAUAGUUGGCGCUCAUUCUGACACACACCAUCCAAACACACACGGAAGGAAGGCAUCCCUUGGCGUGUGCAGUGAGGGAUGUCGUCUCCAGCUCACCCGGGCCGUGGGUACACGCAGUGGAAGCUGUGCUGCACUCUGAUGCCGCUGCCGAUGCCCAGAGCUGGCACCAGGGCCAUCUUCUCGUUGCUGCGGACCAGCCCCUUGAUGUAGCACCCCUGACCCGGCACAUGCGAGUAGCCACCUGUGUGUGCAGAAGCAGGUAUCAGAGCGACCAACACUCAAUCAUCAUAAUCAUCAUGUGUGUGUGUGCCGACCGUAACGUCACACCCACCAGAUUUCGGCCAGUGCAGAGCCUCCAGCAUGCACUCGACCUCUGAUAUCUCCUUCUCGAUGGCGUGGACGUCGGCCGUCCCCCUGAUGUCCGUGUCCGGCAGCGGAAGGAUGCACAACCCUGCAUAGCAGCCAGGCCAUGCCAUGGACGGACGAGCGAGCACACAUACGCCUGGAACCAUCAAGCGGGCUGGGCUGCUCCUACACAUGACAUACCUGUGGGCGCCGAGUUCUGAAGCGUCGCGUAAUCCGCCAGACCGAUCCCUGCACACACAGACAGACAAUCACUGAGAUGUGGCAGAGAGAGCCCUGAUGGUGCUCCCAUCCCUCACUCACCUGGCACGCUGACCAGCACUGCUCCUGCACCCUCUUCGCCGCCACCGACAUCCGGUUCGGUCUGCUCCUCCCGUCCAGCUCCAGCAGCCGCCGUCGGGUGCACACUCUCCGCCUUUUCUUGACCACGGUCACCAGCACCACCAUCAUCGUCACCGCCACCGUCACCACCUGAGUAGUCCUUCCCCCCUUUGAGCGGCGGGCUCUUCACGUCGCCUUCCGCCUCGGUUGCUGCUGGCCCGCUGCUGUCGGCGAAGGGUUUGAGCAAGCUCUCCACAAUGCCGGCGCUGGCCUUCUGUGACUCGGAGUAGGCGAACCGUUUGGGCCGGGGGAAAUUGAGCAGGUGGAGCCGGUUGUAUGCCUUGUCAUGCGUUGACUGUGACUCCGGUUCCUCGUCAAAUGGGGCUGCCGUGGCGGGCGGGAGGCAGCCCAGGAGGGACAGAGUCAGGAGGGGGAGUGCGGCACGGCCCUUCCGAGGCAUCCUUGGUUUCAUUUCAGGGUGGUGUACGGGAGCUCGGUGAAAAAUAGUGCGCAGUCACUGUGUCGUUAUUUUGUUCUUCCGAGAUCAUGAUGUGCACAUGUCAAACACAGUCAUGCAUUCCUUCCCGCAUCCUCACUAUCCACACGCACGCCAGACGGCCGAGUCAAAACACGGACGGGCACACGCAGACCAACAGUCGAAAACGCAUGCACCCAAAUACCGUCCCACCACAAAAAUAGUCACAAAGGGAGGCAGGCAGGCAGGCAGGCAGGCGCCGAGAGAGGGCAACUGUGCUGCCCCCCCCCCCCCCCCC